ACUGGCUGUUUUGACUCUUCUCUAAAUAAGCGCAACAGGCGCAAUUUUCGGUCAUAAAACACCACGCCCCCCGCCCGCACGUGGGCGGAAAUUUUUUCGCGGCAGACGUCCAGACCGGCACGCCCACCUCGCUCGUCUUGAAUUUACACUGCAUCCCAGUGUGCGAACAUCUCUACCAGCAGAGGGCAGAAAGGAAAGCUCUGCACGGCUACACAGGCAGAGCUCCAGCCCUUCCUCGGCUCAUCUGGUAGCUUGAAACCCAGACACCUCCGUCUGCGGGCAUCUGCACACUCUUGACGAGUAAGAUUUCUCAAUUUUGUGCUGCAUCUGACUAAGUAGCUCCUUCAUUCUUUAUUGCUGCAGGUUUGACAAGGGUAUCCUACUACAACUCUUGGAUAAAUUGACAAGGUGUGCUUUCGCCCACUCCAGUAGUCAUGCUAGCCCUCGCAUCCCGACACCUCGGCCGCUCCUCCCUGCUGCCGACUCGCUAUGCCAGGAGACCGACUCCCGUACGAGACCUGAACACUGUGAGACUUCAGACGCGACACUCGCUGGUGCGACGCUACUGUCGCCAACACAGAGAAACCACCGACACCCCCGUCGCGGGGUACCCCCUACAAUCAACUGACAAUCGGUGUCCCCAAAGAGAUCUUCCCCAACGAGAAAAGGGUGGCUCUCUCUCCUGCCGCCGUCAAAGUCCUCACCAAAGAAGGAUUCAACGUGGUGAUCGAGGAUGGCGCUGGAUCGCAUGCCAAGUUCUCCAAUGCAGAGUAUGAGGCAUCGGGUGCCCAGGUGAAGCCACUGUCAGAGGUCUUCGGUUCCGACAUUGUCCUCAAGGUGAGGGCACCCACGUCGGAGGAGAUGGGGAAGAUGAGACCAGGGAGCAAUCUCAUUAGCUUCAUCUACCCGGCCCAGAACAGCGAGCUCGUCGACCAGUUGGCCGCUGCGAAAGUAACCGCUUUUGCCAUGGACUGCAUCCCUCGCAUCAGUCGGGCGCAGGUCUUUGAUGCCCUCAGCUCCAUGGCCAAUAUUGCCGGGUACAAGGCAGUCAUAGAGGCUGCCAACCACUUUGGUCGGUUCUUCACAGGGCAGAUCACGGCCGCCGGUAAGGUUCCCUCCCGCUAAAGUCCUGGUGAUCGGUGGUGGGGUUGCCGGGUUGUCUUCUGUCGGGACGGCCAAAACCAUGGGGGCCGUGGUGAGAGCAUUUGACACCCGAGAGGCCGUAAAGGAACAGGUGCAAUCAUUUGGGGCCGAGUUUCUAGAGGUUAAUGUGAAGGAAUCGGGGGAGGGCAGCGGUGGGUACGCCAAGGUAAUGUCAAAGGAGUUCAUCGAUGCUGAAAUGGCGCUGUUUGCCAAGCAGGCCAAGGAAGUGGACAUUAUCAUCUCAACGGCUCUCAUACCGGGGAAACCUGCACCGAAACUCAUCUCAAAGGAGAUGGUGGAGUCAAUGAGAGACGGGUCAGUGGUGGUUGAUCUUGCUGCUGAGGCAGGUGGAAACAUUGCCACCACUGUGCCUGGGGAGCUAUCAGUCCACAACGGCGUCACUCAUAUUGGGUACACUGACCUCCCCAGUCGGUUACCCACCCAGUCUAGCACACUCUAUGGGAACAACAUCUCCAAAGUUCCUACUGGCCAUUGGUGAGAAGGGCCACUAUCACAUUGACCUUGAAGAUGAGGUGGUGAGGGGGUCCAUAGUGAUAAAGGAUGGAGAGAAGAUGUGGCCCCCUCCCCCUCCAAAGGAGGUGGCCAAGCCAGAACAGCAACAGCCUGUGCCCGUCGUCAAGGCGGAAGUUGUGGAAGUUAACCCCUUCAACACCACUCUCAAGCAGGCCAUGAUGUACACGGGAGGCAUGGGUAGUAUCUUAGGUCUCGGCGUUAUUGCACCCUCGGCCGCUUUCAAUACCAUGGUCACCACAUUUGCACUCUCCGGCAUCGUGGGGUACCACACAGUGUGGGGUGUUAGCCCGGCACUCCACUCCCCUCUCAUGUCAGUCACCAACGCCAUCUCUGGCAUCACGGCUGUGGGUGGUCUCCUGUGCAUGGGUGGAGGGUACCUCCCCACCACUUCCCCCGCGGCGCUCGCAGCCGCAGCAACCUUCAUCUCCUCCAUCAACAUCUUUGGCGGUUUCCUCAUUACCAAGAGGAUGUUGGACAUGUUCAAACGACCAGGGGACCCCCCAGAGUACAACUACCUGUUUGCCAUCCCCGGCGCAGCGUUCCUCGGAGGGUACAUGGCAGCUCACAUGAACGGGCUCUCCGAAAUCCAGCAGAUGGGCUACCUGGCAGCUUCCCUCUGCUGUGUCGGUGCUCUCACUGGGCUCGCUUCUCAAUCCACGGCUCGGGUGGGCAAUGCACUGGGUAUCAUUGGCGUCACGUCGGGAAUAACUGCCACUCUAGCUGGAGUGGGUGCGUCCCCAGAGGUCCUCGUACAGAUGCUCUCCUGUAUCGCAGGAGGUGGGCUCGUCGGUAGCAUCAUCGCCAAGAAGAUUUCUGUCGCCGAUCUCCCGCAGCUAGUGGCCGCCUUCCACAGCUUCGUGGGGCUGGCUGCGGUCCUCACGUGUAUCUCCACCUACAUGAGUGAGUACGCCCACCUCAUGACCGAUCCAUCUGCCGCGGUCACCAAAGCCGCCCUCUUCCUGGGCACCUUCAUCGGUGGAGUCACCUUCACCGGGUCUAUAAUUGCCUACGGUAAAUUGCAGGGGAUCCUCACAUCCGAGCCCCUCCUCCUCCCCGGAAGACACCUCCUCAACGGCGGGAUGCUCCUUGCAAACGUGGGAGCUCUCGGCUACUACAUGACCAACCCUGGCUACAGUGCUGACAUGAGUGCUCUUGGAACAACAGCUCUCCUGUCGUCCGCCAUGGGAGUCACUCUCACCUCGGCCAUCGGCGGUGCAGACAUGCCUGUUGUCAUCUCCAUCCUCAACAGCUACAGUGGCUGGGCCCUCGCGGCUGAGGGGUUCAUGUUGAACAACUCCCUCCUCACGAUCGUGGGCACCAUGAUCGGAUCAUCUGGCGCCAUCCUCUCCUACAUCAUGUGCAAGGCCAUGAAUCGCUCUCUCUCCAACGUCAUCCUCGGUGGGCUGGCCACAGUCUCCAAGGACUACAAGGGCGGGAAACCAAAGGAAGUUACAGGGACACACACGGAGAUUGACAUUGACGGUACCGUGGACCUCAUCCGUGAGGCGAGGAACAUCAUCAUCACCCCGGGCUACGGUCUCUGCGUGGCUCAGGCCCAAUACCCGCUCGGGGAGAUGGUGGACAUCCUCACCAAACAGGGGAAGAACAUUCGUUUCGGGGUCCAUCCGGUCGCCGGGAGGAUGCCAGGCCAGCUGAACGUCCUACUGGCCGAGGCCGGGGUCCCCUAUGACAUAGUCCUGGAGAUGGAUGAGAUUAACUCUGACUUCCCCGACACAGAUCUCACCCUCGUGGUCGGUGCCAACGACACCGUCAACUCGUCAGCCGAGGAAGACCCUAACUCAAUCAUCGCUGGAAUGCCUGUACUUCAGGUGUGGAAUGGAAAGCAAACGAUAGUGAUGAAGCGCAGUCUUGGAGUUGGCUACGCAGCUGUCGAUAACCCCGUCUUCUACAAGGACAACACCUCCAUGUUGCUGGGAGAUGCCAAGAAAACCUGUGACGCUCUCCUCGUGAAAGUUAAAGAGGCUUAUGGCCUCCUCUAGUGGAUUUAACUCACUUAGAAAUCUACUUAUAACUAAACACUUAGUAUUUAUUCCUGUAAGAACACUUGCAUCAUGUUAUUGAUAGGUUUUUCUAGUUGAUGUGUGCAGAAUUUGCCACAGGUUUUGUUCAUGGUCGAUAUUAAUUUUUUGUAAUGACCAUGCUGAUCCUUGACAC